AUGGGGACUGUUGAGGAAGCUUUAAAGUGUCCCGUCUGCCAAGACAUCUUCACAGAUCCUGUAACGCUGCCAUGCGGGCAUGAUUUCUGUCUCACCUGUAUCCAGGCUGUGUGGGAAACGGAUGUGUCUCACAACGGUCCUUUCUUCUGUCCAGAGUGUCAGAUAUUCCUCCCCUCUGACCUCACUUUGGAGAUAAACACAAGCCUUCAGAACAAAGUGAAGGACUUCACAGCUAACCAGCCAUCAGCAGCAGAGCUACAGUCAACAACAUCAAGCAGGACAACCAAGUCAUCUUCAACCAUCCACUGUGACCACUGCAUAGAGACACCAACAGUGGCCAUCAGGACCUGUCUGACCUGUGAUGCCUCACUGUGCCAGGCUCAUGCCCUGCUACACCAGCAGAGGUCUGCUCUUAGGGAGCAUACGGUUGUGGAGGUGACGGGGGAUCCACUGUCUCUGAAGUGCAGGGAACACCGUGAUGAGCUCAAGCUCUUCUGUAUGGAAGAACGGGUCCCUGUGUGCUGUUUGUGCGUUCUGGUUGGUAUGCACAAGAACCACAAAGCGUCUCAACUCCAUGAAGCCUGCGAUGACUUCAAGAAGUCUGCUGCAGAUUUCAGAGAGAGAGUCUCAGACAAAUACAGCAGAAUUCGCUUUGUGCUGAAUGGUGAUGAGCGUCUGAUGAUGCAGAUUAUCGACGCAGAGGAGACAUACAUGACAGAGUGGUUGGAGGCCCAGAAGGCCAUCAUGGAGGCUCAGAUCAAAGAGAUAGACAACCUCAGAGCCUCCAGCAAAUCACUCCUCCAAGAGACAAAUGAUCUGCAAUUCCUACAGCAAAUCACAGCACAGAAUCUUUGCGACCCUUUGGAUUUAGCACCAGUCCAGGAAGUAGAUAGAGAUCUGUGUGAUCCUGAGAAGCUGAGAACAGUAGAGCGGCUGGUGGAUGACCUCUCUGUGGCUCUGGCCCAACACUUUCCACGAAUGUGGUCAUAUCUAAGUUCUCCUGCUCUGGACUCCAGCACAGCACAUCCGAAAUUGGAAAUAUCCCAGGACCAGAAAAAAGUGUACUGGAGACGGCAGCCUGUCGAUGAAGCUCUGAGUCCUCAGCCAUAUGACUCCCAGUACAGUGUACUGGCUCAGGAGAGUUUUACCACUGGCAGGCACUACUGGGAAGUCAUUGUCCAGGACAAGCCUUACUGGUUAAUAGGUGUGACGACUGGGUCAGUCCAUAAAAAAGACAGUCCAAAUCAGAGUUCCUCCAGCCUGGGUGUGAACAACACAUCCUGGUGCAUCUAUCAUGGAGAUGGACAGUACCUGGCAUGUCAUGAUACCCAGGAGAAGCAGCUGUCAGUGGGAAAAAGAGUCAGAAAGCUGGGCAUAAUGGCAAAUCUCCAGAAGGGGGAGCUGUCAUUCUACGACGCUGAUUCUAUGACCCUGCUUCACUCUUUCUGUGUGCAGUGCACAGCACCUCUCUUCCCCAUGUUAAACCCAUGCAUUGAUGUCAAUGGACUGAACAAACAUCCUCUUACCUUGUUUUGGAUUGAGGACUCCUGGAAUUAGCAUGGGAACAAUAUUAAAGGGUAAAGAGUGAACUUAGAGGUCAACUAAGUUCACUCUCUACCCUAAAUGAUGAGG